UUGGAUUGGUAGGACUGGGAUGUUUUUUUCUGUUGUCGAUUAGUCUGCCCUAGAUUUCAGUACCCAGUGCCCAGCCCUCAAGCCGAUACCGUAUCCGUCUUGUACAGAGAAGCUGUCCUGUAAAGUAACAUUUUUGUUUAAGAAUUGCUCUUAAGCACGUCUAAUUAUUCUUAGAAAUGGCAGAUGAAGAACUGGAAGCCCUCCGACGGCAACGAAUGGCUGAACUUCAGGCAAAACAUGGGGCUCUAGCAUGGAAUCCAAUGGACCCGAAUUCCUCUAAUGAUCCGCAGGCCCAACAAGAAGCCCAGCAAAGGGAAACAGACAUGAGAAACUCCAUAUUGGCUCAAGUGCUAGACCAGUCUGCAAGAGCCAGAUUAAGUAACCUGGCGAUGGUGAAGCCAGACAAGGCCAAAGCAGUGGAGAAUUACCUCAUACAGAUGGGUCGCAUGGGACAGCUGGGGGGAAAGAUUUCAGAAUCUGGUUUGAUCGAGAUCCUUGAAAAAGUCAGUCAACAAACAGAUAAAAAGACAACUGUGAAGUUCAACAGACGGAAGGUGAUGGACUCGGAUGAAGACGAUGAUGACUGACUGCAGCCAGAUGACCUCCCUGGUGGGAGAGUUACUAGUUAGAACUGUUCAAAGAUGGCUGUCUGUGACCUGCCUAAUGCUUGUUUUGGGGAGCAUCCUUUUGGACAGACAACCACACCCACCAGAACACAGCAACAGGACAGUUUUGUUUAGCUCACUUAUUUCUCCAUUAUCACCAUGUCUGACGGUUGAUUUUCUUUCUGCCAUAAGAAGCAAAGCAAAUGCAGUCUUGUUUCUGCAAUUCUGCAUCUACAUUUCCCCCAGAGACUCUUUCAAGAAUACAGUACACCAUUCAGAGUUAGCAUCAUACUGGACAGAUACCUUGGAAUCAAUUGCUAUAUUUUGUUGUUGUUUUCUUUUUUCUGCUGUUGUGUAUGUGCUACAGUUUACAUAAUAAAAAGCCUUAAACAUGUUCAAAA